AAGGCAAAUAUUGCAACAUAGUGGGCGUGUCGUGACGUCACUGGCGCGCAGUAUAUUUCCGUUUGAAGCGACGCCACAGCAGGGCCAGUUUGGAAUCGAAGCUUUCAGACGUCAGACGAACGCAGCCUGCGGACACCUGACAACUAUAUUCCUUCCACUUUCUGACACCACCGCCGCCACACCAGAAUGAAUUCAGUGGUUCGCCAGCUGGGUCGCGGCUUGCGAAGCGCCGCACCGGUGCUCCGCCGCAGCGUCCACUCAGGUGGGUCGCGUUCCGCUUCCGCCGCCGCGAAGAAAUCGGAACAGCCGCUUGCAGCCGAGGAGAUCUACGCCCGCGAGGAGAAGUACGGGGCGCACAACUACCAUCCCCUGCCCGUGGCUCUGGAGAGGGGCGAAGGCAUCUUUGUGUGGGACGUGGAAGGCAGCCGCUACUUUGACUUCCUCAGCGCCUACAGUGCCGUCAACCAGGGCCACUGCCACCCCAAGAUCAUCGCCGCCCUCAACGCCCAGGCCUCCAAGCUCACCCUGACCUCCAGAGCCUUUUACAACGACAUCCUGGGGGAGUACGAGGAGUUCGUCACCACCAUGUUUGGUUACGACAAGGUCCUACCCAUGAACACCGGCGUGGAAGGUGGCGAGACGGCCUGUAAACUGGCUCGUAAAUGGGCUUACAACGUGAAGGGUGUCCCACAAAACAAAGCCAAGAUCGUCUUUGCAGAUGGGAACUUUUGGGGUCGUACAUUGGCAGCCAUCUCCAGCUCCACCGACCCCACUUGCUACGAAGGGUUUGGCCCCUUAAUGCCAGGCUUCGAGCUGGUUCCGUUCAAUGACAUUCCAGCACUGGAGCAAGCCCUUCAGGACCCACACGUUGCAGCCUUCAUGGUGGAGCCCAUUCAAGGCGAGGCUGGGGUAGUGGUGCCCGACGAGGGCUACCUGACCAAAGUCAGAGAGCUUUGUACUCGACACAAUGUGCUGUGGAUUGCUGACGAGGUCCAGACAGGCCUGGCCCGCACUGGGCGGCGUCUGGCUGUGGACCACGAGCAAGUGCGUCCAGAUGUGGUCAUCUUGGGAAAGGCUCUUUCGGGAGGAGUUUACCCCGUGUCUGCCGUGUUGUGUGACGAUGAGAUCAUGCUGACCAUCAAGCCCGGGGAGCACGGGUCCACGUACGGAGGUAACCCCAUCGCGUGUCGGGUGGCCAUCGCCGCCCUCCAGGUGAUGGAGGAGGAGAAGCUGGCAGAGAACGCGGAGAAGAUGGGAAAGUUGCUGCGCAAUGAGCUGAGGAAGCUUCCAUCAGACGUUGUGACCACGGUGCGAGGCAAAGGCCUUCUCAACGCCAUUGUCAUCAAGGAGACCAAAGACUACGACGCAUGGAAGGUGUGCCUGCGCUUCCGUGACAACGGGCUCCUGGCAAAGCCGACCCACGAAGACAUCAUCCGCCUGGCCCCGCCCCUCACCAUCACCGAGCAACAGCUGAGGGAGUGUGUGGACAUCAUCCACAGGACCAUCAUGUCACUCUAAAGUACCAAACGGUUCAACUCACCCACACGGCAUCAUAUUGGCAUCUUGUUUUGACCACUAUUACCAAACACUCGUACUUUACUGAGGCCAGAUUGACCUCAAUCGGCUUGUUUUGACCACUAUUACCAAAUACCUGUACUUUACUGAGGCCAGAUUGACCUCAAUCGGCUUGUUUUGACCACUGUUGCCAAAUACUCGUACAUUACUGAGGCUUCUCUUAAAAAGUGAAGCAAUUGUACUUUAGUUGACUUAACCGCAGGGCUGUAUUGAAUGUAUGCCAGUGCAAGUACAUUCUUUUAAAAAGGCUUUCACUAAUGAAGCAUCCUAGCAACAGACGCUUAUGAAUUAACAAAGUGCAUAAGCUUCACUCGUUGUUACACUGAUAUUUGAUAGUGCUCCUGUGAUCCUGGAACACCUCAAUUGAGCAUUCUGUAAUGCCAAUUGGCGGCAGCAGAGGUCACUGUGCAGCGAUAAAUGUUUGGCUAACAGUGGUUAUAGUUCCUUUUGGUCCAAAAGGACGAUUCGAAGAAAGUGUUCAAUGAAUAUAUCAUAUUUAUACUGUACGGGUCAAAAUUUUGCGGACACUCGCACACACUAUUGAAGGAGACCGGCUUAGUGUUGUACCUGUUGUCUUUUUGAGACUAAUGGUUUGUUACAAAAGAACCCUAAAUCUUAAUUUUUUUCCAAUAAAUUAUUGCAGUCCUCAA